AUGGAUUCUGAGAGUGAAACGGGUGAAAGAGGGAAAAGAAUGAAGAGGAGAAGGGAGAAAUCACCGACAAUAUCGAGCUCGUCGAGUAGUGGACCAUCCAGGAAACGAACAGCUCGAAUGGAGGAACGAGAAGAGAAUGAGACGAGGCAAAAACAACUUUUGUGUGCCCAAGAAGACCGUGCCCCGACGCGUCUUCAAAUAACAAAGAUUUCCCGUCGCCGGCCUUUAGUCGUGGAGCUGCUCGGUGGGCUCGCUUCACACGAGGGCGGCCUUUCCGAGCCACCGCUCCCCAAGAAGCCCAGGAUGCAAUGUGCGCUGAGCCCGCCCCUCGCGGGCGCGGCUGGGGCUGCAACGGCGACAACGCGAUCCGUCGCGCAACGGCUCAAGGAAUCUUCGCUCAAGGAUGGUCCAGCUGCCAUCCCCUCAUCUCAACGUCCAUCUACCUCAGGCGGUCGUUCACCCCGUUCAACGGCUGUCAAUCAAUCUGCCAAACCGGGCCCAGCACUUAAUCGUCGUCAACAGAACACCAUUCGAAUCAUUGCUCAAUAUCUCAGGGAUCUUGGAUUACAUGAAUCGGUCGAAUCAUUGGUGGAAGAGAGUGGCUGUAAAGUGGAGAAUGCGCACGCGGUUCGGCUACGAGAAGCGAUUCUACGCGGCAAUUGGAACGAGGCGCUGAACGUUCUCGACAAAUCCUAUCAAUUUCUCUCGGAGACCGACCUCGAUUCGGCGAAAUUGAUCCUUUUUGAGGAAAAAUUCUACGAUCUCUUGAGUAGAGGAGAGCUUCCAUUGGCUUUAAAGCUUCUACGCGAGGAUUAUCCGAACAAGAAAAAUCUCCGAGGUCGGAAAACAUUGCUGUCGAAUUUACUCUUCAUGGAUGCAAAAGAGCAAAACAAGAAUCAGGAAAUUCAAAAGCAUAAAUCAAAGAAUGGGGCCUGGAGAAAGCAGUUGGCGACGAGAAUCCAGCGACAACUCGAUCCGUCAUACAUUUUGCCGUCGAAACGGCUUGAGCAUUUGACGGAACAGGCCUGGAAAUACCAAAUCUCCCAAUGCAACCUCCACUUCCAAGGAGACAACGACGGCAUCGAUCCUGACGCCAUUUUCAAAAACCAUAGAUGUUCGGCCAAGGAUCGGCCAUUGUUCAGAGCACAACAGCUUCUCCCCAAGCAUUCAACUGAAGUGUGGUGUCUUGAGUUUUCGCCUGAUGGAAGCAAAAUCGCGAGCGGCUCACGGAAUGGAGAAGUAUUCGUUUGGCCGGUCGAUGCCCGUGCUCGUAGCCUCGGUGAUCCGAUGCGUUUCCGUCAUAAUUCUGGAGAAGCGAUCACUUGUUUGGCGUGGAGUCAUGAUGGCCGAUUGUUGGCCGUGAAUGGGAAUGAUCGAUUGACGGACGGAGAUGCAGCCGUCUACGACACGCAGAGCAAUUGCACGGUUUUUCGUCGAUUGAAACCGUACAACACGAUGAAUUCGAUGACGACAUUCACCACUCUCUCCUUCUACAAGGGAAACAAGUACAGGAUCUUUGCCGCAAAUCGACAUGGACAGAUACAAUUACAUGAUCUCAACCAACAAGAUUCCUAUUGUGGUGGCUUUGACGGUUAUCGAGUCAUUUGGUUGUAUGCGAUGCAAAACGGAAGUUGUAUAGCGGCGGACACACAUCAACGAAUUCGACAGUACAAUUUCUCGACAAAACUCGAUAUCACGUUGAUGCAAGAGGAAUCGGCCAUUCAGAAUUGUGCGAUUCAUGACGAUGAGAGAUACCUCAUGGUGGUGACCGAAAAAAACGGGCUCCGAGUCUGGGACUUGGAAACGCGAACGUUGAUCCGUUCGCUGUGCGGUGUUCGGUACGACAAAAUCAUUAUCAAUCCAAGUUUUGGCGGGCCGAGUAACAUGUACGCGUGUGCUGGAUCAUUGGAUGGUUCUGUGGCUGUGUGGAAUUUGGAUAACUCGAAGCCGAUGGCUCGUUUGGAGAGAGUGCAUAGAGGGAUGGUGAAUGCCGCAAAAUGGAGUCCGUCUGAUGAGGCUCUGCUUGUGACAGCCGGCGAUGAUAUGCAUCUUCGCGUCUUCGUCGCCAACAUGAUCUCCUGCAAUGACGGUGUCCGCCCACCGCCGAUCACCCCGAUUUUCCCGAACACUUACGGCUACGCUUUCCCCGAUAAACUUCCGAUAAAUAAUGGGGUUGAAAAAAAUGGAAAGAGUCACGACUUGUGCAUGACCACUCAACGAAGUCUUCCCAACGAUCGUCUUCUCCUCUCGAAUCCGGGCUACUCUUUA